AUGAUUACGAACAGAUUGAUGAACAAAUGUGUUAGCAGUCCUCUGAGAUCAGUUACUUGGAGAAGGUUGAUUACCAUUCAAACUUUAACUACACCUAACGAAAAUGCUUUGAAGUUCCUCAACAAAGACAAUGAGCUCUUGCAGACCAGAGGCAGUAAGAGUAUCGUCAUCAAAAAUACAGACCAAAACCUAAUAAGUCAUUCUGAUCUAGCAUCCAAGAUUUUUGCACAGUGUCCCGGCGUGGAAUCUCUUAUGAUCGGUGAUGAUUUUCUUACAGUCAACAAGGACAGCCAAGUACCAUGGGCUCAAAUUCAAUCUGAUGUGAUAGACUUGCUUACUCAACAAUUGGCCUCAGGCAAGAAUGUUAUUUCUGAUGAGUUUCACGCCAUUAAAGAAGAUAAUGAAGCUGGAUAUCAAAUAAAUGAGAUGAAAUUUGAUUUGACAGAAGAAGAUGAAGAAAUAAAAGAACUAAUAGAGGAACUAAUAGAAACUAGAAUUAGACCUGCUAUUUUAGAAGAUGGUGGUGAUAUAGAUUUCAGAGGAUGGGACCCCGAAUCUGGUACUGUUUAUUUGAAACUGCAAGGUGCAUGCACUUCCUGUUCAUCCAGUGAGGUCACAUUGAAGUAUGGUAUUGAAUCUAUGUUAAAGCACUACGUGGAUGAAGUCAAGGAAGUGAUCCAAAUGAUGGACCCUGAACAAGAGAUUGCUUUGAAAGAAUUCGACAAGUUAGAAAAGAAAUUACAGUCCAAGGACGAAAAUGAUGGCACAACUGCACCAGCAAGCGCCAGCUAA